GUUUCAAGUCCUUUCUAGUCUGCGCGCCGCAGGUCGCCUCUGAUUGGCUGCGUCAAGAGGAAAAAGAACAGAGAGAAACCUCGGUGUGUGUGUGUGUGUGUGUGUGUCUCAGCCCACCCACUGCUGAUUAUAGGGACUCUCGCGGGCUCAGCUUCCUUUCCUGCAUUGAGUCUGGGACCUGGCCCGGUGGCUGCACGGCACACACAGCGCGCGCACCAUGGCAGCUACGCACGGCGAGUACCGAGGCUACCUGCGGAACGCGGUCGACAUGGAGGCCGGGCAGCACCGCUUCCACCCGGUGCAGAGCUCGGAGCCCACGUACCGGCCGCUGCUGUUCGGGACCCUGGCCGUUAUGGGAUUGCUCCAGGUGGCUUCCAGCGUGGCGAUCUUAUUACACCUGACGGGAUAUUUGCAAGAGGUGGAUUUGUCUGCAGCGCCGCACCGGCCCAUGGAGGAGGUCCAGACGGAGCCGGUCCUGAACGCCCUGAGAGACACCAGGAAGCCCAGGAGGUGUAAAACCUCCAAGGAGAGCCUGCCGGCGGCCCACCUGCCCAUCCGGACCUACCAGGAGUACCCAAGAAAGGGCGAGCCCAAGGCCAUCACCAUCGACUGGGACGAGGUGCAGGGCUACCACCACAAGAUGCUCUACCAGAAGGGGAAGCUGCUGGUGAUGGAGGCGGGCUUCUACUACGUCUACGCCAAAACCUGCUUCCGCUACUACCGGCACGGCGCGGCGGAGGAGGGCGGGCACGCCGGCGCCGCCCCGGUGGACGUGAGCAACACGCAGCUCAUCCAGUACAUCUACCACGAGAGCAUCCGGCAGAACAGCAAGGCCGUGCUGCUGAUGAAGACGGGCAGCACCAUGCGCUGGAACGACACCAGCUACAACAUGUACUGCGCCCAGCAGGGCCGCGGCGUGCGGCUGGACGAGGGCGACGCCCUCUUCGUCAACGUGUCCAACGCCGGGAUGCUGGACCCGGAGGGACAAGGGACGUACUUCGGGGCCAUAAAGUUGGGAAACUUAAACUGAAAGUGGCGGGGAGCGGACAAGCUACUGAACAUUUCACAUGCCAAAGAACCACUGUUUGAUUUCUGUUGUUGAUUUGUCUGAAAACUGUUGUUUUUUUUUUUGUUGUACGUGUGUUUUGUUUCACAUUGCUCUUCAUCAAGUAGCCUCGGAGUGUUUUACGAGAAAAAGAAACUGAAAAAGGGCAACUGCCUUAAACGAGAAACCGUCUUUCCUCUCUCCCUGAAAAACAGACACGGGGCUUCAACCUUUCCCAAAAUAGCACUGAAGUUUUAUUGAGCUUCUUCUUCUUCGUUUUGUAACGUAUUGUGGUUUUGUAUUGGGAAAUUUCAGUACAUUCAGGUCAGAUUACGGCGUUUAGACUUAAGAGUUGACAUGUGUUUAUGCACUAAUUAAAGAAACCGCGAGGGAGCGACUGAGGAAGUGAGUUUGCUGGCGAGAAGCGCAGCGAGGACGGAUUUAUCAACGCCGAUUGCUGCUGGACGGAGCAUCUGCUUGUGCUUAGCAGAUUAUCACAGGAUGAAAAUAACAAGGCUUCCAGGGUUGUUUUGACCCGCAGCAGUUGAUGCAUAAAUGUUUCCCUGAAAGGACUGGGAAGUGUGAAAACAGGCGGGCAGCGAGGCGUCCCGACAGGAAGUAACCAACACUUUGGUUCCAGUUCGGCGGCGAGGCACUGAUUGGAUCUCGGAGGCUCCGCUGAACAUGAAACACGUUCAAAAGCAACAAAACCAGGUUUAGAGGGGGCCUUUUUGUUUGAUUUUCAGAAGUUCUUGUCAUUAUAUGGAGCCACAGUGGAACGGAAAUGUGUCGGCGUUGUUGGACGGAUCUGCAUCGCACCAGAUUUUCUUCGUGCAGUCGGGUUUCUUAUAUUGAAAUUUCCAGUUGAACAGUAUGGUGAAAAAGUUUUGGUCAAAAUGAUCUAAAAACAAGAAAGUCAGAAUCUACAUGGUUAAAAUUAGGUCGAACGAGAGAGAGAGAUCGAGCGAGCGAGCACUGUUGUUUGAAAGUAGAACUCUGCUUCCAGCUGAAAUACUGUCUGUUCAGACGUAUCGUGAUCGUCUUGAGACGUUCAGCCCCUUCAGUUUGUCGGGCCGCUUUAGUUUCCGUCUCUCGACUCAACUCCUUCUCCUCAAAGCCGUCGGUCAUCUGAUUGGCUACCGUUUAGCUGAAUUUACCAAGCGUUCAUCUGCAAGACAAAAUCUGCCCGACGUCAAAGAAAACCAAGAGAAAAAGCUUUGAGGCAGCGUUGGGACGAGCGAGGCAGGCGGACGCCUCCACAUGUCAGUUUCACCUCUGAAACGAGAUUCUGUUCUGAUUCAGACCUUGGAUCUUCGGUUUAUUCAUGUCGUUUGUGCACAAAAUCCAAGGGUCUCCCCAAAUCCAACGCCUAGUCUCCAGUGAAGAACCCCCUCAGCCCGGAUCUGCAGCGUUUAAAAGUUUAGUUCCCUACGUGACAGGAAUCCCACGGCCCCUGGCCGUGGUGUCGGAGACCGAGGACAUCGACAUGUUAGUUCUGUUGGACGAUGGACGAGCGGUUGCAGAUAGCUGGACUGUCUGAGCUGAAACGACACGAAUUGACUCUUGUCUUUUUUAACUUCGGAAGGAACCAAGUUGAGUUUGGUUCGUCUUUUUUUUUUUAAACUUAAAUUUUGUUUUUCAUUUGGCUCUUCAGUGAGGUAAAUGGGGAAUAUGCACUAAAUAUUUAUUUAUUAGCUAUAGAAGUACAGAGACAGGUCAUUGUUAAAGUGACCUCUUGGCUGUAAAAAA